UAUAUCAAUGGAGCCAAACAAAAGCUACAAACAAUUAUUUUCAGGCAAUUUUGGUCUAGUUUCCAUUAUAAAAUUCCACAAAAACUUUCUGACACUGUACCUUUAACAAUAUCAACACAAUUGACAGUAGAGCCAAAACUACCCUUUUAGUUUCAGUCACCCUUUAUUUCCAUUGCUUCCCUCUCAGACUGAGUUUGAAUCUGCAGUUCCUAUUCUUGAGAUAAAAGAUGAACUACUUUAUUAUAUAUAUUUUUAUCAGUGUGGCAGUAUACACCUCGGCAAAAGGUCCUGAAAUUCAAUACAUGUUUGGAUGCUUUGAUUCAGCACCUGGAAGCACCAUUUACCCCAAGGAAAAGAUUGAGCUGGAGUCAGAAAAUACCUUAAUUUGCUUUGUGAAUGAUUUCUACCCUCCAUCAAUCAACGUGAAGUGGACCAAGAAUAACGUGAAACUGACAGAGGGGUCAUUGGGUCGUUAUCACCUUAACAAAGAUGGAACGUUCUUUCAGGUUUCCACCCUUACAUUUACCCCUCAGGAUGGAGACAUCUAUGCCUGCACUGUGGAGCACCCAGCCUUGGAGAGCCCCCAAACCCAAUUCUGGGAGGUGGAGGUGAAUGAGUCCAGUGCAGGUCCAGCUGUAUUCUGUGGAGUGGGUCUGACUCUGGGGCUUUUAGGAGUGGCAGCCGGAACAUUCCUCCUUGUAAAACAACCACAGUCAAAUCAGGCUUGAAGAAGAACAACAAAUGAGUAAAAGUGUAUUUGUGAGAAUGCUGUCUCACAAUUGUUUUUCAACUUCUCAGUUCUUCCGCCGUUUUUUGGCCUUUAACUAGUCCUGCAUACUUUCACCGA